UUUUGUUUUUUUAAAUUACAUAGACGUUAAGAAAACUUUAAUUAUUUUGAACAAUUGUUAGCUAAGUAUAUAAUACAGCAGUAUUACACUUUGAAAUAAUACUUUGUAGCGGGUCUGAUGGACAUAAAAUUUUUUCUUUUAUUUCCUAACUUAGGAUGCUUCUUUGCAUUGAUGACAAACUCAAUAAAGACAAGUGAUGUUUCGAUUUUUCAAAAAGAGAAAAUUGAUUUAUGCCAAGUUAAUUCUAUCAAAAAAUUGUUAGCAAGCUUUAGAAUAAGUUCUGACUCUCCGUUAUGCAUUUUGCAACGAAAAAGAGAUAUUGAGCAUUUGAUCUCAAGUUUUGUUGAAACUCUUUUUGAAAAUCCAAAUAAAAGAACUUCAGGAGGAGAAUAUUGUUGCAGUCCGAAAUGUGAUAAAUUUAUGUCAAGAUUGGGAAAUCCAAACAGUGCUCUUAUAAAAUGCAUGCGAUGAAACGACUGCAAGCAAUAUGUAAAAUAAAUAUGAAUUAGUCAUGAUAUUAAUCUGGGAGGAUAUGGUAUCCUCUCAGCUCAAGCAGCUGGGAGGAUAUAAUGUAUUAAACAUUAUACUAGAUUACCUUAUAAAAUUGUUGUUUACUUUUAUUUGAUUUUUUAAUAUAAAAAUUUGCCUCUA